AUGUCGUUGCACCGGGCUCCCCUCUUGCUCUGGGGAGCUGUGCUGGGGUCCUUCGUGCUUGGGACUUUUUGCGAUUCUCCCCCACAUUCCCUGUCCUACUCCUACCUGCAACUUUCAGAGCCCACUCAGGGCCAGAACCAGUUCCUCAUUAGGGGCUACUUGGAUGACCAGCCCAUCAUCCGCUUUGACAGCCUCACCAGGAAGAUGGAGCCUCUGGUGCCCUGGAUGGAGAAGGCAGAGAAGGAGACCUUUCUGGGCCCUGAGUGGGUCUUCAGAGCUGACCUAGAGAAGUUAUCAAAACUGGACCACCAUGCUGGAGGGCUUCACAUCUGGCAGGUGAAUUUGGGCUGUGAGCUCAGAGAAGACGGGACCAAAGGAGGGUUUUUGCAUUAUGGCUACAAUGGAAAGGAUUUAAUCAGCUUUGAUAAGGAGAUCCCCAUAUGGGUGAUAACUCAGUCCAAGGCCAUGAAGGUCAAGGAGGAGUGGGAGAAGGAUACAGGAUGGUCUGAGAGAAAUAAAAUCUACCUGGAAGAGACCUGCAUUGAGUGGCUGCAGAGAUACCUGUCCUACAGGAGGAAGACUCUGCAGAGGACAGAGCCCCCAGUGGGGAAGGUGACCCGCAAGGUGGUGGAUGACAGCCUGGAGGUCCUCAUCUGCCAGGCCUUUGGCUUCUACCCCAAGGAGAUCCAGGCCACCUGGACCAGGGAUGGAGAGAACUGGGAACAUGAGACCCUCCAAAGGAACGUGGCCCCCAACUCAGAUGGGACCUAUUAUGUCCUGCUCAGCAUUGAGAUCGACCCCAAGGAGAGGAAUCAUUUUUGGUGUCACCUGGAGCACGAGGGCUUGCAGGAGCCCCUGGUCUUGGCCUGGAAGGAGGAAGCAGAUAGAACAUGGUGGAUUCCUGUGGGAAUUGUGGCUGCCAUCAUCUUGGGAGCUGGGAUUUUCUUCCUGAAAUACCAAUGGAGGAGAUCCAGGAAAGAUUUCCAUUGUAAAAUGAUACUUUGCCAUGAUCCUAAUUCACAAGAAAAGAAACCCUCUAUGCCUAUGGAUGUCACUGAGGAUGAGAUGCAGUCACAGCGGCUGCUCCAACCUAAAGUUAGCUCAGAGCUCCUGAAAUGUUCCCUGAAUGGAGGAAAUAUAGAACACCAGUUCCUCUAUAUGCCUGAGUGUCCAGUUCCUCUUUUGGGUCGUGACAUCCUAUGCAAGUUAGGAGCUACCCUGUCCUUUGAGGAAGAUAAGGUGGCCCUGGUGAUGAGGCACACCCCCCCCCCAGAUGAAAUUCUGUGA